AUGACGACCCUGACCCCAUCCCUCUCGAUGCUGUGCAUGCUCCUCCGAUUGGCUGGGAGCUCGUUUCCAGAGGAACCUGGCCCUCUGAUCUCAACCCCCGCUGAAGUGGCCAGACAUUAUCCUGUGUUUCUGGGUCGGGCUCAUCGGUCAUAUAUGCGGCAGGAGCCGCUGCACAUUCAGACCGUCCUCAAAGUCAACCGCACGCUUUAUAUUGGAGCGAGAGAUGACCUUUAUCGUGUAGAGUUGGACCACGUGUCGGGAGAUGAGAUGUUCUACAGCAAGAAGAGAACUUGGGAAUCCAAUAAGAAUGACAUCCGUAUCUGCAGGAUGAAGGGCAAACAUGAGGAGGAGUGUCGUAAUUUCAUGAAGGUGUUACUGAGUCAGCAUGGGGGACUGUUUGUGUGCGGCACAAAUGCUUUCAAUCCACUGUGUGCCAACUACACAAGAGACACGCUGGAAAUGGUGGGUGAGCCGAUCAGUGGAAUGGCGCGAUGUCCAUAUGACCCUAAACAUGCCAACGUGGCCCUUUUUGCUGAGGGCAACCUCUUCACGGGCACGGUGACGGACUUCCUGGCCAUCGAUGCUGUGAUUUAUCGUAGCCUUGGAGACAGCCCCGCCCUACGUACCAUCAAACAUGACUCCAAAUGGUUCAGAGAGCCGUAUUUUGUCAGUGCCGUGGAGUGGGGUCCUCACAUAUAUUUCUUCUUCAGAGAAAUGGCUAUGGAAUUUAACUAUCUGGAGAAGGUGAUGGUGUCGCGGGUGGCUCGUGUUUGUAAAGGUGAUCUGGGGGGGUCCCAGCGGGUUCUUGAGAAGCAGUGGACAUCCUUCCUGAAAGCCCGACUAAACUGCUCCAUUCCUGGAGAUUCUCACUUCUACUUCAACCUUCUCCAGUCCACCAGUCCUAUUCUACGCAUGCAUGGAAGAGACAUCAUCCUGGGAGUGUUUUCUACGCCUCCAAACAGCAUCCCUGGCUCGGCGGUGUGUGCCUUCGACAUGCAGCAGUUGGCCAGAGUGUUUGAGGGCAGGUUUAAGGAGCAAAAGUCGCCAGAAUCCAUCUGGACGCCCGUACCUGAUGAACUAGUGCCUAAACCCAGACCAGGGGGAUGUGCUGUGCAGGGCUCUAGAUUCAGUUCUUCAAAUACGUUUCCAGACGAGGUUUUGAACUUUGUGAAGACCCAUCCUUUAAUGGAUGAGGCUGUCCCCCUGUUAGGGCACAGACCCUGGAUUGUGAAGACCAUGGUUAGGUACCAGCUGAACACAAUGGUGGUGGAUACAGAGGCCGGCCCAUACCGCAACCGCACCGUUGUGUUCCUGGGCUCCACGCGAGGCACAGUCCUGAAAUUCCUCAUCACUUCUAACAAAGAAAACCCAGUGGACUCCAGUGGAAACAUCUUUCUAGAGGAGCUUGAAGGCUUUAAUCCAGAGCGGUGUGGGGGUGACUCCCCCCAGGCAAGACAGCCGCUCUCUCUGAUUCUGGACAGGUCUAGUCACACUCUUUUAAUGGCCUUCCACUCCUGUGUGGUGCGCUUGCCUGUUGCGCGCUGUCAGCUCCAUUCCCGAUGCAUGAAAAACUGCAUUUCCUCCAGAGAUCCGUACUGUGGCUGGAUCAGAGGAAGCACCUGCUCACUCCUCAGACCUGGAACAAGACUUCCUUUUGUUCAGGAUGUCGAGUAUGGCAACACUUCACACCUUGGAGACUGUGAUGGUCUUUUACGUGAGAGUUUCAUGGAUGAACCAGAGAGUCUGGUUACUCUGAACCUGCUAGUGGUGGCUGCAGUGUCAGCUUUCUCCACUGGGGCGGCGCUGUCCGGACUGGCCGUGUGCUGGAUCAUGGGGCAGAAGCACCGCCACCGUUCCCGUAGCAACACGUCCACCUCAGGCAGCCAACGUAAGUGCGAGAAAGAGCGAGGAAUGCUAGGUCCUAGCGGCAGCGGGUCCGUGAUGAGCGUCUCUCGGAACAGCGGCAGCGACAGGCCGCGCUCUCAGGGUGAGACGUUGUUUGUCAUGCCAAACGGCUGGGUCAAAGCAGGGGACCUGGACCCAGGCCUACUGCCCACUCCAGAGCAGACACCUCAGCAGCAAAAACGCCCUCCACCGGGUCUACGCCUGUCUGACUCCAUGUGGAACCAAAGCCAGACCUUCCUCAACUCAGUGGGAACACAGUGCCCCCCUCCACCCUCCGCCAUCUUCCUCAGUUCCAAGCUGCUACAGGCAGCUGGACGGCGUCACGAAGACGGUAUGGAGGUGGGCGAUCGCCAACGAUACGUCUCUCUCACCAAGUAUCGCGAACAGGGCAUCCGACCGGGGACCCUGCUUCGCAAGUCGGCAGGAGAGUACAACUACCCCAUGACCCCUCAGGACUCACCUGACCGCAGGAGGGUCGUUUCAGCUCCCAGCACACAAAUGGAAUUUGGGGAGCCCUUGCGCUGGACCCACGACGGGUACAUAUUCAGCAGUCACGCCCUGCCGCCCGUCGGGCACCAUUAUCCCCCUCAGCAGCACCCCGCGUCCAGCCUCAGUCGUUCCGUCCUGCAUGGUUCCCGUGGACUGGUAGACUUGGCCGACCUCAACCACCUGCUCAGCAAGGGCAUGGGUGAGCGCACCCCUACAGGCCAGUGA